UGCAAUGUCAAGACGUGGCGCGUCUGGAAAAAGUGCUGGCCGUGAAUACCGGCAGCAGUAGAUGGACGAGGCUUUGACGUGGGCAAAACGACGCACGCGUCACGUGCUAACUUCUGCGCGUUACUAAACUUUGCGAUGUCGCCACACUGAUACACUAAAUGGUGUACUUACGCUGAACUUCUCGUGCGUAGGGGUUUCAGGUGACGUUUCUGAUCGCUAAACCCCGGUUACGAAACGCCAGUGUUGGUGCACUGCUUGAGGAAAUGUCACGGGAAGCAGCAGUCGCACACUGACGAAUUCAGUGAUCUGACUGUACUAUCUGCUAAAAGGCUCCCAGCGCCCAGCCGCCCGCCCGCGCGAUCGCCCGCGCGCCGCUUGAGGAAGCUCCAGAAAGAGAAACAGACUCGUUUUCACACUAGCAGACUGCGUGCGGACUGAAGAUGGCUGCACAUAUCAGUAAAAGCUUUCCAAACUUUCUGAACAGGGGACGUGCUGGGGCAUCUUUUGUGAAUAAGAUACGCCACCAGCGAGCCGUCCUGACAGCCUCGCGCUGCUGUAGCAGGACUCUGUCCCGCACCAGCGCCUCCCAGCAGGACUGCGCUCCACACUGGAGCGCGCAGCUCGCGGGGAAGUCCUACACGGAGCUGCACGAGCUGUCAGUAAGGGAGCCAGAAGCGUUCUGGGGGUCCGUGGCCAGGGAGAGGUUGGCAUGGAGCAGGCACUUCGAACGCGUGGCAGACUGCGACCUCUCCACGGGGAGAAUCCACUGGUUUGUCGGCGGCCAGUUGAAUGUUUCUGUGAACUGUCUAGAUGUGCAUGUGGCGAAGGACCCUGACCGAGUGGCGUUACUCUGGGAGAAGGAUGAGCCUGGCACCGAGGAGCAGGUCACAUACAGAGAGCUGUUGGAGACCACCUGCCGGCUAGCUAACACCUUAAAGGCUCACGACGUGGGGAAGGGGGACCGCGUGGCCAUCUACAUGCCUGUCUCGCCCAUGGCAGUCGCUGCCAUGUUGGCGUGCGCUCGCAUUGGCGCCGUGCACACCGUGGUGUUCGCCGGCUUCAGCUCUGAGGCCCUGGCCGGAAGGAUCCAGGAUGCCCAGUGUAAAGUGGUGAUCACAUGUAACCAGGCUGUGAGGGGAGGGCGGCUCAUCAACCUAAAAGCCACGGUCGACGCGGCGGUGGAGAGCUGUCCCUCGGUGCAGCGCGUCCUAGUGGCCAGGAGGACUGAUCACCCCAUUCCCAUGGGGAAGCUGGACAUGUCCCUAGAGGAGGCCAUGGCAGGCGCGUCUCCCGAGUGUGUCCCAGAGCCCAUGGACAGUGAAGACAUGCUCUUUCUUCUCUACACCUCGGGAAGCACGGGAAAGCCUAAAGGCAUCGUGCACACGCAGGCUGGCUACCUCCUCUACGCCUCGGUCACCCACCAGCAUGUGUUUGACUGCUCACCGGGCGACGUGUUCGGCUGUGUGGCUGACGUCGGCUGGAUCACGGGCCACAGUUACGUGGUGUAUGGCCCCCUGUCCAAUGGUGCCACUUCUGUCCUGUUCGAGAGCACGCCCAUCUACCCCAACCCUGGUCGGUACUGGGAGACGGUGCAGCGGUUGCGGAUUAACCAGUUCUACGGAGCGCCCACGGCCAUCCGACUGCUGCUGAAGUAUGAGGAGAGUUGGGUGAAGAAGUACGACAGGUCUUCCCUGAAGACCCUUGCCUCAGUGGGAGAACCCAUUAAUCAUGAAGCGUGGGAGUGGUUCUACAAUGUGGUGGGAGAUGCACGGUGCCCCCUAGUGGACACUUGGUGGCAGACAGAGACUGGUGGGGUGUGCAUUGCACCUCGCCCCGCAGAGGAGGGAGCAGAGAUCCGGCCAGCUAUGGCCAUGAGACCUUUCUUUGGCAUCCAGCUGGCUCUUAUGGGAGAAAAGGGGCAGAUGAUAACAGGAAAUGAUGUCAGUGGAGCGCUGUGCAUAAGCAAACCUUGGCCAGGAAUGGCCAGGACCAUAUUUGGCGACCACCAGAGAUUUGUGGAGGCGUACCUUAAGCCGUACCCUGGGCACUAUUUUACGGGCGACGGGGCGUAUCGGACUGAGGAUGGGUACUACCAGAUCACUGGACGUAUGGAUGAUGUCAUCAACAUCAGCGGUCAUCGUCUGGGAACAGCUGAGAUAGAAGAUGCCUUGGACGAACACCCCGAUGUUCCCGAAACUGCUGUGGUUGGCAUUUCUCACGAUAUUAAAGGGGAAGUUCCGUUUGCGUUCGUGGUUCUGAAAGAGCACGCAGUGGGACAACAGGAAGCGGUGGUGGAGGACCUGAGACGUCUGGUGGCCACUAAGAUUGCUAAAUACGCCGUACCCGAUCACUUCCUGGUGGUUAAACGUCUGCCGAAGACUCGGUCCGGAAAAAUCAUGAGGCGAAUCCUGCGGAAGGUUGCCAUGGAGCAGACGGACAGCCUCGGUGACGUGUCCACUUUGGAUGACCCCUCCGUCGUCAUGGAGAUCAUUCGGGCGUAUAAACAGUCGGUCAGGGGGUGAUGGGUGGGGAUACAGACCAUUCAAAUGCAAGUCACGUGAAAUCUGUGUAAACAAAUAUUGCAUAUUAUGUUUGAGAGAUUUAAAAUGUGUGCUAGUCUGUGAUUCCAACACUUCACUACAGUUACGGGAGGUGUUGGGAAGUGUCAAAAGAGAGUGUAAAUUUCACAAGCAUGAAUCCUUGUUUCAGAAAAACCGCACGUCUUCGAGCAGUGCUGACACAGGCUGACCAUCGCUAAGGUGAAAAUCCAGUCUAAGGUCAUAAAAUGGUUUAUCAUUAGCUGAUGAGUUGUGUCAGGGGAGUUCAAACACUGAACUCUGGAGGCGUGACGUGCUGAGCCUGGGUUUACAUGUUGCAUAUGCAAAGACUUUUAGUCUGUGCAGACUUCGUGACGUCAGUAAUGAAGUAGACGUCACUGAGCACAUGGGAAUCUUUAGGUAAUAAAACAGGGAACAUUAGAAUCACUGUACAUUUGCACACGCUCUCAGCUAUGAUCAGUAGUUAGAACUUUACUACAUUGAAACAGGCAAUAAAAUAAAUUUUAAAUUAAGAUUUGUUUUUUAUUUUAAUAACAACACAAAUUGUGUACUAUUAAUCAUGAUCGUGUGGAUACAGUUGUUCAAAUGUUGUUUUAACAAAAGUCUUUUUAUGAAUUUAGAAGUAUAGCGUCAGUAUUUCCAGUGCGCUUGUUUUUGCACAACCACUUGUGCCUAUACAACCUAAAUGUGAAUAUAAGGAUUUUUAUAUAAUUACAUAUAGUUAUGUAUACAGAUAUGAAUAUUUCAACUACUUCCAUAUAAGACCUGGAACAUCUAAUGUGUGUAGCGUUAUGCGUUUUAAAAUGUACGAUGCCACAUUGACCAUGUUCAAUAAAACUUUCCUUGGCCUCA